AUGGCACUCCUGUUUCUGAUCCCGCUGGCGAUAUUAGGUAUUGCCAUCUUCAAGCUGCGGAAUGUCGGCCGACGGCCCAAGAACUAUCCUCCGGGACCUCCCACGUUACCACUGAUCGGAAAUUUGCACCAGAUUCCACCGACGCAAUCGCAUCAUCAGUUCAAGAAAUGGGCUAAAGAGUAUGGCCCAGUUUACUCGCUCAUUCUUGGCACCAAGGUCAUGAUUGUGCUCUCGUCCGACCAAGCAGUCAAGGAUCUCUUGGACAAACGCAGCAACAUUUACUCCUCUCGCACCGAUCUCUACCUCGGAAAUGUAGUCAGCGGCAAUCUCCGCGUCGUCAUGAUGCAAUACGGCGAAACCUGGCGCAUGAUCCGAAAGAUAUUCCACCAAGUCCUACACAUCAAUGCCGCCAAGGGCUACGUACCAUACCAAGACCUCGAAAGCAAGCAGAUGCUAUCCGGGUUCCUGGAAGAGCCCGACUUCUUUGUCGCUCACAUCCGUCGCUUCACGACCUCGCUGACGACGCAGAUGGUAUUUGGCUUCCGCACAACGAGCAUACAUGACGAGAAGCUGAAGAGGCUGUAUCACUGCGUUGAGAAAUGGAGCGAGGUCGUGGGUUCCUCUGCGGCUGCUAUGCUGGAUGUGUACCCACCCCUGAGGAACCUCGGGUUCAUGUCGCCCGGGAAAAGAUAUGCUGAGGCGCUGCAUAAGGAAGAGAGGGCUCUGUACGUUGGUCACUGGAUGGAUGCAAAAGAGCGUGUUCUUAAGGGCACAGCGAAACCCUGUUUCUGCGUAGGCAUCGUCGAAAGCCAAAAGACUCUCGGUUUCUCCGACGCCCUAGCCGGCUACAUCUCUGGAUCCGCGCUUGAGGCUGGUUCGGACACCACCGCAUCCACGCUGACUGGCUUCGUCCAAGCCAUGAUUCUACAUCCAUCGGUACAGAGGCAAGCCCAGGACGAGCUGGAUCGAAUUUGCGGUACCAAGAGACUCCCGAACAUGGACGACUGGGACUCGAUGCCCUACAUACGGGCAUGCGUUAAGGAGUCCCUGCGUUGGAUGCCGACUGCGAUCCUCGGCCUGCCGCACGCCGUCAUACAGGACGACGAAUACAUGGGCUACAAAAUUCCCAAGGGCGCAGGCGUCAUGCUGAAUGUAUGGGCCAUCAACAUGGACGAGAACCGGUUCGAGAAUCCCCGCGCUUUUGACCCUUCUCGUUACGAAGGCGACGAACAGAACUCGUUUGAGUCAGCGAUGAACGGCGACGCGUCGAAGCGCGAUCACUACGUCUUUGGUGCUGGUCGACGGCUCUGCCAGGGAACGCAUAUCGCUGAUCGAUCGCUGUUCCUGAGUAUUUCGAGGCUGUUGUGGGCUUUCAGUCUUGAGAAAGCAGUUGAUACUGAGGGAAAUGAGAUUACACCAAACGCGGAUGACCUUACUGACGGGUUUCUGGUCCAGCCGAAGCCGUUCCCUGCGAAGAUUACGCCGAGGAGUGAUGCUCAUGUCCAGGUCAUCCGAAGGGAGUGGGAGGCGAGUCAGGCGCUUCUGGACGAGAGUAAGCAGUGGAAGGAGAUCCCGAGCGGAAUGGUUUUUGAGUCAUUGGUUUCGUUGGAUCUCAAGGAAUGA